GGGGGAAGGGAGGGAGGGAAGGGGGGGGUUUGUUGUUUGUUUGUUUGUUGCUACUAACUGGAGUACUUCACACACAACGGCGCGCAUCCUUUUGCACACAGGCGCGCAGCCCGAAGCCGAGAGAGAGAGAGCGAGCGAGCGAGAGAGAGAGAGGGAGAGAGAGAGUGAAGAGAGGGAGAGCCCGGGAUAGUCGCCGCUGCUAUGUCGUCCGCGGCGGUUGCAUCGUCCAGGAGACAGUCGUGCUACCUGUGUGACUUACCUCGCAUGCCGUGGGCAAUGAUCUGGGAUUUUACAGAGCCUGUCUGCAGAGGAUGUGUUAACUACGAGGGCGCCGACCGCAUCGAGUUUGUGAUAGACACUGCCCGCCAGCUGAAAAGAGCCCACGGCUUCCAAGAUGGCAGGUCGCCUGGUCCGACUCCGGGCAAAGCCCAAGCACUUUCCAAAGAGGUAUCGUCGCUCGGUCACUCGGCGGACGGAGCGUCCCGACCCCCGCAGCAGCUGGAUCGCUACCCCUUAGCCUCCGAUCGGCCUCCCCGGUUGGAGUUCCCCCCUGGAAGGCAGAACGGCAUGACUAUCCCCAAUGGAUUCUCCAAACCCGACGAGCCCCCAGAGCUGAACCGGCAGAGCCCGAACUCACGGAGAACUCACACAGCACCGCCUCCUAACCUCGUGCCUAUGGUGAACGGGACAUCGCACUCGCUCCCGCCGCCUCACGGCGUCAACGGCCGGCCCGGCCAGCUGAUGGCCAUCGCCUCGGAUGUAAACAAACGGCCGGGCUCGGUCUCCAGCAGCGAACACGACCGAGACAUCAAGGACAAGCACCGCACGGACAGUCUGCCCGAACUGGGGGAGAGCUUGAAAAACCGCGGCGAGGACUGGGUGACCAAACCCAAGACGGUCAGGGACUCACUAAUGACCCUCUCCAGCCACGCACCCUUUGAUGUGAGGUUCAAGAAAGACCACUCGUUGCACGGGAGAGUGUUCGCAUUUGAUGCUAACCCAGGUGCUGCUGCAAAAUCAGGUGCUCGAGGAGUGCGAAAGAGGAAAGCAUCCCCUGAGCCCGAAGUGGAAGGUGGAGUCCCCAACAAAGUCAACGGAGAUGGACAACAGUGGCUGCCAUCACCAGCUGAAGGUUUGAAGAUGACUAACAUGACUCCAACACCAUUUGCUUCCCCACCAUCCACAGCAUCGCCCCAUUCAAACCGCACCACGCCACCAGAAGCAGCACAGAAUGGACAGUCCCCAAUGGCAGCUCUAAUCUUGGUGGCAGACAACGCAGGCAGUGUUCACUCACCAAAGGAUGCCAAUCAGGUUCACUCAACCACAAGACGCAACAGCAGCAGCCCACUCUCUCCGUCGUCGGUGAACCAAAGGAGAAUGGGCGCCAGAGACAUUGCUGCCCCGGUGCCUGCUGGAGCCCCUCAUCCAGGUAUGGAGCAAGUACACCCACCAAACAUUCCAGACUCCUCUAUACCAAACAACAUCCCACUCUGUUGUACAAUUUGCCAUGAGCGUCUUGAGGAUACCCAUUUUGUACAAUGCCCAUCAGUACCUUCACACAAAUUCUGCUUCCCAUGCUCAAGGGAAAGCAUCAAGCAACAAGGUGCAACUGGGGAGGUGUAUUGUCCCAGUGGGGAGAAAUGCCCUCUGGUCGGCUCCAAUGUACCGUGGGCCUUCAUGCAGGGCGAAAUCGCCACCAUUCUUGCUGGAGAUGUCAAAGUAAAGAAGGAGAGAGACCCUUGAUUAUUUUUUAUUAAAAAAAAGUCACUCUUUUGAAAUCCAAAAAACAAAACUGAUAAACUGUAUAUAUUCAAGACAAGGGAACUGUAAACUUCGUAAACAUGGCUGUAAAAUUUUGAUUUUCAAUACAUUGUGUUUCUAUAUUUUUGAAGAUAAAGGUAUGUACUCAUAAUGAUGAACAUUUCUCUUCUGUUGAUGUAAAUCGUUAUCUUACUUGCAAAUCUUUCUUGUACUUCAGUUCUGGUGGCAGUAACUGUUUAUUGUAGGCUGUGACUAAUGUUGCUUUCAGAGCACUUGGCAAAACUGAAUGCUUCUAGUUGUACUUGUAUGCACUUGUUAAAAUUGCCAAAUACAGUUUCUGACAUUUUAUUAAUA